ACCCAGACAGCCGACCAGCCGCCGACAGAGCAGUGUGCGACGACGAGUGCUGAUCUAGAAAAAAAACUACGCAUAGAAUGGCGUGGCUGACUUACGUUUUCGCGGCUGCUUUAAUCUGUGGAGAAGCCUACGGAAAUGCGGUCGUUUUCACCGAGAGCACUUGGAAUGACAUGCUCCAAGACGAGUGGAUGGUCGAAUUUUAUGCGCCUUGGUGCCCGGCGUGCAAGGCUCUCGUGCCGGUCUGGAAUGACUUCGCCGAUUGGGCUCCGCAUUUGAACAUCAGAGUUGGUCAGGUAGACAUAACGCAAAAUCCGGGCCUCUCGGGACGAUUCAUGGUCACCGCGCUCCCAACGAUAUACCAUGUCAAGGAUGGAGUCUUCCGACAAUAUUCGGGCGGCAGAGAUCGCGACUCGCUGAUGAAUUUUGUUCAGCAGCAGAAAUGGUCGCAGGUGAAGCCGAUCUCUAACUGGAAACACCCGAAUUCUAUUCAAAUGUCUACUGUGGCUCAGUUUUUCCGCUGGUCGUACCAGAUCCGCGCUAUACACACCCACCUGGUCGACCACACCGGGCUGCCCUAUUGGUUGAGCUAUGCUUUGUUUGCUCUCGCUACGAUUGUCAUCGGAGCGACUCUCGGACUCCUAAUCGUAGCUGUAAUCGACUUCGUGUUCCCACCGAAAGCUUUGGAAUACCAGCGGAUGAGCGAGUCUGUCUCGCGGGGAAACGACAGCGACCUCGCCGAAGAUGAGAGCGUGGACCAAUCCCCUAAGGCGGAGAAAGACAGUACGGAGUCGGCGUCAAAGAAGAAGAAAAGUAAAAAAUCGAUUGAACCUGUCGGAGACGGCACUCUGGAUUGCUCUCCGUAGCGAUAUUAGUAACGAGCGGUUACAUAUAGAGAAUGCUUUUUCUAUUCGAAUCGAUGACGUGAAAGAUGGUGAGUCUUCCGUCGUGCGCGACGCGUGUACAAAAUUCCGUAAGAAAUGAGAAUUCCCUCUCAGAUCCACUGUAAUUCAAAGGGAGCUUCUGGCUCCGCUUUCCGUCACUGAAGUUGUUAGACAACGAGACCUGUAAGAGCAGCGCAAGAGGUAAAGCUGCGCGUUUCAACCGAACUUUUAGGGUUGGCGUGUGUGUAUAAUAUGAUCAAAUACCCAAAAAAAUUUCGUACUGGGAGCUAAUUGAAUAAUGCUCUGCUUUUGAUGCAAAUAGUUUUCCCGGUGAGCAGCGUGAGCUCAUUAAUUUAUUUAAUUAAAACUGCAUGUUCAAGGUGAAUAUGUUCGGAUGAUGAGCGAAGUGGGACUUCGGGAACAGAGAUAUGCGAAGCCAAUAAAUUUUCGUUGAUUAUUUUUGCAAGAAAAACAAA